AUGGAUCGUGUGUUUCGUCGGCACAAAGCCAGUGAGGGCAGCGUUGAGAAGUCGCAGAGAAAGUUUUUGGCUGAUAAAGAGUCAUCUCAGAAAUUAAAGCAUUUGCGGAUUCUGAUUGGCCAGCUCCCGUCUACUGAGCUGCAGAAUUUCUUUGUAGAAAACCGUUCAUAUAUAUUUCACAUUUUCACCGACUCAUUUGGGUCCGUAGAGCAAGAACUUCGGCAGAAGGUCAGUCCAACAAACCUAAAAGAAUUGGAAAAUGUGCUCGUCGUGUUUGAGAAAAUCUUGCUGUUAUUGCCAGAAUACAUCCGCGAGAAGUGGCAGUACAACGGCAUCAUGGACGUACUUGACCAACUACUCAAUGAACGCAAUGCAGUUUCCGUCAGAAAGUUUGGUAUACGUCUUUUCCUUUUGUGGUAUCAAAUCCUUGCGGACAAGGCCACACCGAAAUGUCACAAGAUGUUCACGAGCCUAGUUCCAAACUUUGGGUUUUGGAUUUCCGAAUACCAGAAACGAUCGAAACCUGACGCUAGUGGAUCGAUUUCUGGUACGGGAAAAAAGAAUGCUAUUCCACCCGUAACAUCUCAGCCUAAAGCCAACUUUGGGAUUUCUCCCGGUGAUAAUGGUGCACUUGUGCCUUCCGUUCAAGUUGAGGAACAACAAUCGAAUCAGGAUCUCGAACAAACCCUACUUCAGCACUUCCUCAGUUCACUGGUUUCCGAAGUGGCGAAGGUAUCAUGGAGGGAGCAGCAGCAAGAAAAACACCUCAUGCAAUUGUGGUUUCUUUUCGAGCAACUGAAGAGAACCUACUUACCAGUUGUUUUUCCAUGUCUGUCUCCCACCUAUACAAUUUAUGAGCCAUUUGAUCCAAAACCGCUAGAACCCUCCCCUGGACUCCUCGACUCGCUACAAGAUUAUCCCAUUUCUCCUACUUUGCUGCCAAUCUACCAAGAAAUAUUUGUUCUAUGGCUGACUCCCUUUAUACAUCCAAAUCCUCGUUCGUGCGGUUCCGACUUCAAUGAUCCAUCUGAGGCUCGUGAUAGUAUAUCCCGUGGGGCAAAGUUUGGCUCUAGUACCGAAGAUUCGAUCAUGCCACCUGCAGUGGGUGAUACACGGCCUUUUGGCAUUGAAGUUUCAUCCGGGACUCAGACGUUGUCGUCUGACCUAACAAUCCAGGGUUCCAAUGAAGCAAGAAAAUCACUUUCUGGUGGCUUACUCCAACCUUCGGAUCAGACCACAGGAUUGCAUUCUAGCAGCGUUGACCGUUCCCAAACACUGCACAGAGAGAAACCGCAAAUCGGUUUGAAAGAGGUUGCCAUGCUUUGUGCCGUGCUUUACGGAUGUCGGCAAAACAUCAACUUGCUGCAUGACAUCCUUCAACAUGCAUUCCUCCUUCCAAUUCAAUGUUAUCAUGCCCUUCGCGCCGUGGUCAACGUCUACUCCUCCUGGUUGGAAGAUAAGGCCAACCGCCCGAUUUUCCUUCAGUCCAUCGAAUCAACCUUCUCACCCCAAAAAUCAAAGGCUCGUUUGUUAGAGCACUCUUUCUCAGCCGAAGAUAAAGGACAUGAAGGUGAUGAUGAGGCUGAAGAUCCCAAGGAACCCACUCCAAGCUCGAAAGCUGCCCUAAAUGCCACUCACCCGAAAAUUGGAAAACCACUUCCUUCAGUGGACGUAAAGCAGGGCGUUGUGCUAGAGAUGGCCGGUCGAUCUGACUCGGAUAGUAGUUCACCUGUAGUUAUCGGUCGUGACGGUCCUCUGGGUGUAAACGAUUCUCGGCGCAAGCUUCAAACUAACAUGUCUAACGAAGAACUUCGUGGACGCUUGCAAACAACAACUCAAAUUAUGCUAUACAAUAUGGCGCGCGUGUUUCUCUUGAAGUGUCCCCCGGCAGUGAAAACGCACCAGGCCGAUCCAACGGGCAAACAUUCCAAUAGGACUGUGGAUUAUGUGAAAGAACAAGUUGACCUGUGUCGCCGCAUUCUGUACAUUUUUCGCGUGACAUCUGAUCGGAAUGAAUUGACGUCGGAUAGUUGGAUGAAACUUCUUUCCUUCCUAUUAGAGAUGAUCAACUCAACUAUGAUUGGUGUAGUCCCGAAUGGCAACAUUGGAGAUUCUUGGCUAUCCAAUGAGAAGUUAGUACAUACUUUGUUUCAAACGAUGAACGGAGCUCUCUUACGGGCCUCCUUGUUGGCUCGGAUUACACAAGACCCGUGGAACCAAUGUCUGACUGUUUAUUCAAAGUUAACUCAUUGGACUCCUCUCAUUUCCGAGUGGAAGAAAGUAAUGCAAAGCCUUACUACUAUAAUGGCCAAACUGGUAUACGGUGUAGACUUGUCCGAUCUGCCAACAGGAAACCUUCCCCGACGUGGCAAACGGGAUUUAGGACAUCAUUCAACUAAUCGUGCUCGUCCGAAGUCUUUCACAGAUUCUACACUGGCACACGUUCCGUCAACCAAUGUCUUUCAACCUGGGGCUCAAGGUCCUAUAUCCCCGCAACCACUAUCUGCUGAUCCCACUUUUAGUGAAGCAACAGUAAGUAUUUCCGGCAUUGAUGUUUUGAGAAAGCCAUGUGACAUGUAUCACGCUGAUGGAUGUUCCGAGCCCCUUAGUCCUGCAAGUCCAACACAAACUCCUGAAGGGCACUUUAGUUCCACCACUGAUGCAGGGAUUUCUCCCAGCGUUAUCGUAUCAAAUCACGACACGCGUCCUACAAAUCGAGUGGAUUCGGAAGGAAAACUACCGAAGAUGGAUAGUAGUCGUCAUCACAGUCUCCCACGCACUCUCGAGCAAGCUCAUCGUUCUACGACUCUUGUCCCCUCGAGGGAAUCAACCGUGUUUGCUAUGCGUCGAAGCGCAAGCAAUUUAAAUGAGCCAGCAUCUGUGCAUUCCAUACACGACCCGACAUACGGAAUGGCCGAUCAGUUUUCUCGGUGUUUACGCACUUCAAUGAGUGACGGCGAACACCUUCCGCGACGAGUCGCAUCCGGUCUCUCACCGGAUGCUAGGUCUGUCUUGUCGGUUGGAUCACCCACGAACAGAAGACUUCGACGAUCGUCCUUGCAAGGAGUUGUUGACACUGGUGUCACGAAGUCUGGAAGUCAACAAAGCCUUCGAUUUUCGUUGGAAGAACCGCAGUCCCCACCACCGGAUCGUCCAGCCCUAGAUGACGAUUCAUCUUCGGCACUGAGUCGUAACGAUUUUGGAUUAAGUGAUAGGGCGUCCCUGGAUGGAGGGUCUGUUUUCAAACCGAAGACUUACUCUGCGAGUCCUGAUGUGAAAAUAGGCGAAGAAUCGCCAGCUUCUAUCCAACUGGACGGUUCGCUCCGGGGUACGUACAGCCCAUCCCUACAGCAUCGCGCCGGGACCUUGAGGGCUACGUCUGCAGAGUUAGGUAUCGAUGUGGACUUAACACAAACGCCAACAAAAUCUUCGUUCGAAACACAAAACGUCCCACGCUGCAUCCUCGCCGGUGGAGAGGCACCCGGGUGGACACAAGAGUCUAUUGUUGUCUGCUGGCGACGAUUUCUCGGUAUGCUGGGUAAUGUGAAUGAUAUAGAAAACAACACAAAUUUGGAGAAAGUCUACACCUACCUCUCCGAACUUGUCGGGGUGUUGCUUAAAAUUCAACAGCACCAAAAGCUUAAUCCCGUUAGUGAUGCAUGUGUCCAACCACUGGCGGAAUAUUGUGUUCCGAUUGAAUAUGUUCUAGUGUUGCGCGAUAAGAGCCCCUCCAUCCGCCUGUCUGCACUAAGUACCCUUUGUGAGUGCGUGAUUCGACCUCCGGAUCGGCCAGUGAACUACGAACUAAUUGCUCAGUUUUACCGCAUCCUUCAUCGAUAUUUGACGGGAACAGAUGAGCGCUAUGUACACGGAAUCGUCCGAUCGUGCGGAAUGCGGUUUUUUGCCGCAGAUCUCCCAGGUUCACAUCUUUUACUCUUAGACUUUCUCAGAGGUAUCAACAUUGUGUUGACCGAUACGAGCAACGCCAAAGAGGUCCCUCGGACUGAGGCGGUGGUAAUGCUCAGUACACUACUGUGCUAUCCAAUCCACUUCAACUCUCUGGAGUGUUUUGAUGCGACGCUCAGCAGUACGGUUCAGCUGACCACUUGCACUGAUCUCGGGUCUCGCGUACUGCAAUCCCUUCUUCGAGUGACGCUGGCUGAUCCAAAUGCAGAGGCCAGGUGCUUGGCUUUAGCUGCCCUCGCAGUUAAUAUCAUCGUACAGCUGACUCACCUGAAUGCUGGUCCCGAUUCAACUGUCAACCGGCCGGUCACCUUUCCUCUGGAUGAGUUUGUUUAUUUGCUGGGAAUGAUGAGAUUUCAGGAUCAUUCGGUUGCCCUUGUUGCCGUGGAUAUGAUUCACGUUUUGAGUAACUACUGUGAUAUUAUUUUGCGAUUCAAUCCAACUCUGACCGUGUGUAUUUUGCGGACGCUCAUCUGGUCACUCAGUUACCUUUGGGUGUCGAUAGAUGUGGAAAAGAUCAUUCCCGUGGAAAAACGCCUACUUACCUCAUUCAUUCUUGCUAUCACGGAUUGGACAAUUCGCCUUCCACCUCACGUGGUUCGUACCCGCAUACAGACUAGCGAGAAAACGGAGGUUGAAAACGAAACGCUGAUAUCAGCCAUACUGAAUGUGUUCUACCUUAUCAUAUGUACCAGCCCCACUGGUGUGCUCGUGGAGUCCAAAGAGCCAUCCAUGUCUUUGUUGAAACUGUUAUCCAUGCAACCGCCUGAUCCGUUACUUGAUUUACUGCACCAGUGCGAGACGCGACCGGAUAUCGAGUCAUUUCUAGUUCCAACAUCGCGUUUAGAUACUUCAUCCUUGACUAUCCGCACUUUCCUAAUGGCCAAUCACGGACAUCCUUGGACAGGGUUCCAACAGCUUGGAGAAGGUGGCUUGCAAGCUGUCUACUCUGUUCGGCUUGCAGCUCGUGUUUCUUUAUGCCACUUGCUGAAUCAUCUGGAUCACUAUCCUAUGGACGGGCAGGGAGCGCAGUUGAAUACCACCAUUCAGGAAACGCAUGAUCAGGCACAUGGUCUUCCGGAUGCAGACAUGUCAGACGCGACUGAACUAAGUUUGACGACUCUGGAGCAGCCCAACAUACAGCUGUUCUCACUCAAUGAAUCUAUCCUGUUAACUUUUCUUUCCCUUCCCAUGCCAAACACGGCUCCGGUUACUUCCCGAAGAGCUUCGGGAGAGCCCCAAUUCCAUCGGUUUCCAAUCUCAACCCGAUCUCUUUCCAUGAAACCGUUUCUGCUCGAUCCGCCUGAAAACUCUUCACACUUUGAAGGAGCUCUUGCUCCGACUGACAACUUCAUCGAAGUAUCAGAUGUUCAAUAUACGCGGAUUAUCGUUAGGGACUUUGCUGGGAAAUAUAGUUGGGAUUUGUCUUACUUGCAUGGUCUGUGGAAUGGAAGUGACCCUGGUCCCACCCAUAUGUCUCCACUGGGAAUAGAAUCCUCCUCUUCAACGUCUCGUCACGCACCUCCAUGUCCACCUCCACGUCUGAAUCCAAAUCCGCCUCCACUGCAGUCAAGCUUGGUCAGAUCCUCCGGUUCCCCAGGGUCGGACCCUUCUGAUCCCUCCUCAACUAAAUCACGCACAACGCGCGUAUUGCUAUCAUCAUCAUCCAACCACACUGUGAUUUCUAACCAACCCAAGCCGGACGCUUUGGAUCAGCUGAUGAAAGAACUCUCUGCUAGCAGUCCGGAAUGUGCGCUAGAAUGGAACUCGAAUGUUCAAGAAGACGGAGUGAGAAGAGAAACCGGCUCCCCUUGUUUCAAUAUGGAAGCAAUGACCAAUGACCAGAUCACCGCUCAAUGUCAAUUAGAUGAGGAAGUUUUAGAACACGCAAACAGACAGUUUCAGUCGGCAGCAGCUGCUGCCGAUGAUAAUUCAACCGGCACUAGAACUGGUCGGACCAAUGCCAACGCAUCAAUCUCCACUUCCGGUGUUUCCCCUCGAAAUGACUCAACCUCCAUGCCAGAUCAGUUUGCCGUCUGUCGGAAUUUGAUCAAUCAGUUGGGUUUCUUAUCCUUCGAACGACGCCCCACAAUUGAACUCGUUCAAAAGUCUGCAGGCCUCGUGCGAGAUUUGAAGCAUUUGGACAAAUUCGGCGUACGAGAAACUCACAAGAUUGCAGUGUUUUACGUCGGAGCCGGGCAAGAGGACAAACAGUCCAUUCUCUCCAACCAAACGGCUAGUUUAGAGUUUGAAAAUUUUCUGGCCGGUCUCGGAUGGGAAAUCGAUUUGUUGACUCAUCGUGGAUUCCGUGGAGGUCUGGAACGCAGUGGUCGUGCUGGGAACUCAACACCCUACUAUGCUACUGCGACACUCGAGGUCAUAUUUCAUGUAUCAACUCGGAUGCCUUCUUCGACGCAAGAAGACUUGAAAUAUAAGCACUUGGGAAACGAUGAAGUAAUGAUCAUCUGGACGGAAAAUGCUCGCGCUUUCACUCGGAGCGUAUUGCGGACACAGUUCGGCGAUGUGCUCAUCAUCAUAUCACCGCUAUCAACCGGACUCUUCCGGGUCGAUGUCCGACGUGAAUCAAUGGUGGGAUUCUUUGGACCGAUCGUUCACAGCGCAGUGUUGGAUGCUUGCGUUCUUCCGGGUCUCGUGCGGGCAACAGCGAUCAACGCAAGCCGUGCCAUUCGGGCUGUAAACCCUGGCUAUCGACCACAUUAUGAGGAACGUGCUGCCAGUCUGAAGCAAAUCAUUUCUCGGUACGCCGUACGCAGCUGCUUCGAAGAUUUCGCUCAGUCUCUAGUCUUGCCUUCGCUGCCUCCAGAUUCUAUCAUCUCGGAACUUCUUCAACAACAGCCUGAUGGACGAGAGAUUCUUGGGGGCAGCUUCCGCAUGCCUGUCCAAGAAUCUUAUCCGCGUCAACAUCCUGGCCACCAUCAGAGCCUUGCUGCACCUUUCUCCUUCACGUCCAAUGUUCCCCAGCAUGUUUCUAGCUCCCGUGCAGCUAAAAGUGGUUCUGAACAAACCAAUAUUGAUGUUGAUGAGCACCGAUCCUCACCUAGCUCGGGUCGAACGGAGAAACGCCGGCAUCACCAUCAUAAUUCAUCAGCGUCUGCCAGGGAUGGCCAUACCUCGAGCCGUCGGAAGCACCGGUCGCGAAGUCGUCGAACCUCGUCCAAAGAUGCACCGAGAACUGCACGUAAUCAGUCCCCCCAACACUCUGCUCCUGAGCAAAGGUUAUCUGCAAAUCUGGCUCCCUCACUUUCCGGAUCUAGCACUGCAAAUCUCGGCUCCCCUUCUGCCUCAAACCUUCGUCAUAUAUUCCCCAGUAAAUCACACCGCUAACCAGUUUGGUUUGCCUGAUCUCUUGCGACUCGGUUACUACUCCCCUUGCCAUAUCAUUCAGAAAAUAGAUUAUUAAUUUUGUUAUUUUUUUCUAUAUACUACUUUCACACAAACCGACCAAAAAGCCUGCGUGAUCUGAUUCCUGACAAUUAAAUUGUCUCGUUUUCGCUCUUUCUCUCCACUGGUACCACUCCCAUCUGUCACAUGUAACUACAACCAAUAUCUGUCCGGUAACAACCAAUUGCUGCUUUUCUGAUAUCGGCAACUGUUAGAAGCAUGUUUAUUUGCGUGCGUGCGUGUGUGUGUUUGUGUGAUAUGAUGCAAGCUCAUUCCAUUCCCAAUGAUUUUGCCUGUACAGUUUGUUACAAUCGAGGUCAAUAUUGGUCAAAGCCACUAGGUUGACGUUUUUCCAAGUUCACUGGUAUGUCAUUCGAAAUAAGACAGUUGGGGUGGGGGCACAUCUUCGCAAUUUUUCCGAAACGAACAGCCAGCCUAAUCGUCAGCCCAGAGUGAAAGCGACAAGUGUAAGAACCCCAUCUUGGAUUUCGUUUCACCAGCUGUUGAAAGCACUUCUAUCAGACUUUGGUCUUU